AGCAGUGACACCCGCGCGGACUCACCAGCCGGUCCGCGGAAAGAAGUACCCGCUGCACGUCAAAGCAGUGUGGACGCGAGCUGCACGUGAGCAGUGUGGGUCUCUCUCCCACGUGGCGGAAUUAAACCCGCGAUGCCGUCCCUGCGCGUGGCCCCGCUUCACUCCAGCUGCUUGGCUCUCACGGGUCUCCAGACUCCGAUGUUAAACAGACACAACCGCGAUGCUGCGAAAGCGCUGCGGUCGGUCUGCGUUGUGUUUGUGACACUUGUGUCGAAGCUACUCGCUUUAAGGUCACUGAGUUUAUUAUAUAUCUCUUAAAUGCAGAAGAAUGGAAGAAAAGGGUGCUUCGUCCACGGUUAACCGGUGAUUCUUCUCGCUACCGAGGCCCUGAUUGGCUAAAGCUACACUUGCCGGGUUAAGGUUAACCGCACGCUUAUUUUUAGCAACCAUGUGCCACUUUGGAAGAGGUAACUUUGGAGAAACUUGUGUUGGAGAGGAGCAACAUGUGCAACAGCAACAACUAACGGGGGUCUUUCAGUGCAUUAAUGUGCACACCAUUCGGGUUCGUUUACGUGCAGCUCAACGUGUGUACAUUAGUGGUGCGGACACAGGGCGUUACAGCUGUGGGUGUUUUUAAGGCUCACGUUGUAUGUAGUGACGUCAUCCGGGAGGCGCACACGUGCCAGCCUCGAAAUACACGCACAUAUAGGGUUUGAGAGAUGUAUAGAGUUCGUCUAAUGGCGCUCCAGAUUAAAAAUAGAGACUCUACGGGGAAAUAUAGACGCUGACUAAGAUGAACAGUAUUUCCACAUGUGUCAAUUUGUAUGAUGAUUUUUAAUUCAAGGCUUCUGAGCGGUGCAGUAUUGUGAAUCAGUAUUUUGUAAUGCAAAGUUCCAGGAAAGCGGUGCUCACUUCUGAUGUUUUUCUAUCCCAUCAUGGUCAUUCAUGCAUUUAUUUUACCCAUCUUUCCAUUCAUCCAUUCGUUAAUUUAUUCACCCAUUCGUUCAUCCGUUCUUGCUCCAAUCUGUACACCCUUUACCCAUCCAUUCAUCCCUCCGGCCAUACGUCAUCUCCAGGCUCUCUUCGUCAAGAGGUUCUUCAGCUGUCGACUAAAGCCUCGCUGAAAGGUGCUAGAAAUGGGGUGAAGGGAGAGUCCGGUGCCAGCGAUGAGGAGCUGACGUCUGACAUUCUCAGCCACGGCAGCAGUGCCAGCGAGUGCACUUCUGUGCUGGAAGAGGGCGUAGGAGGGGAGCCGGUGGAUGAGCAGACGGCCCAGGAAGAAACGGUUGACAAACUGAAGCAGUGCAUAGACAACCUGAUGGAUAAGAGCACCAAGACGCGUCUCGCAGGUCUCGAGUCGUUGCGACUGGCCUUCUCCUCCCGAGUGCUGUACGACUUCCUGACAGAGAGACGCCUCACCAUCAGCGACUGCCUGGAAAGAAGCCUUAAAAAGGGCAGCGCGGAGGAGCAGGCAGUGGCGGCCACAGUCUUCGCUCUGCUCUGCAUCCAGCUGGGGGGCGGAGACGAGGCAGAGGAGGGCUUCAAGAUGCUUCGCCCCAUCCUCACCGCAAUUCUCAUCGACAACGCUGCCAGCUUAGCAGCCCGCCAGAGUUGUGCCAGAGCUUUGGGGAUGUGCUGCUAUGUCUCCACCUCUGAAGAAGGAGAGGACUUGAUCAAGUCUCUGGCCCUACUGGAGAGUGUGUUCAUGUCUUCCUACCCCAACAGAGAGGGAACGCUGCCAACACCCAAACCGGGCAGUCCAGCCCUGCACAACGCCGCCCUGCAGGCCUGGUCUCUGCUGGUCACCCUCUACCCUGCGUCGAGACUGGCCGUGCUGCUGGACCUCCACCUCCCCAAACUGCAGGUGUGUCUGCAGAGCAGUGACGUCAACUACAGGAUAGCAGUGGGAGAGACCAUCGCCCUGUUGGUGGAGCUCAGACGAGAUAUAGAUGAGGAAUUUGCGGUGGAGGACAGUGAAAGUAUGUGUGAAUGUCUGAAGAGUUUAGCCACAGACAGCAACAAGCAUCGAGCCAAGAACGACCGGCGGAAACAGCGCUCAGUCUUCAGAGAUGUGCUACAUUACAUCGAGAACGACGACUUCUCCGAGGAGAAGAUCCAGUUUGGAGUGGAGAGCAUUUACAUCGACAGCUGGAUGAGGAGGAGAAUCUACGAUGCCUUCAAGGAGAUCCUGGAGUCCGGAGUCAGACACCAUCUACAGUUCAACCCACUACUGAGAGACAUCUUUGGCCUCGGCUCUCCCCUCAUACUGGACGCUACGACCAAAGGCAACAAGAUCUCUAGAUUUGAGAAGCAUCUUUUCAACUCUGCUGCCUUCAAGGCCAGGACUAAACAGAGGAGCAAAGUCCGGGACAAACGGGCUGAUGUCAUGUGAGGAGGAGGAGAUAGAGAUGGAGGAGGAGGAGAUGAUGGAGGAGGAUGAGGAUGAGGAGAUGGAGGAGGAGGUAGUGAAUGGAUGAUAUGCAAGGAACUCCUUGGGCUCGCGUGAGAUGGAUGCAAAAUGAUGCCUUCGACACUUCAGCGGUCAGACAUAAAGACUCAACAAACUGAACAGGGCUUUUCGCUCGUGCUCUUCACUAAUUCUCCAGAUUCAAGAUGGCCAACAUUUAUAUUCUUAGCUCCCACUGUCGAACGCAACUUCACUGUUCGUCCUCGCAGACGUUCCGUUUUUUCACCCAUCCAUUUUUUUUAAUGAGUCAUAUUCACACAUUUUAGUUUGGUGCUUCAAAGUGUGUGGGAUUGAAACUACUUAAUUACAAAGGAGUAAAAGACAUUUCAUAUCCAGGUAUCAAAAAGGUCUAUCUAUAGAAAUACAGAUCAAGUGAAGUAUUAUGUAAGACUCAAACAUUUUGAGGCUUUAUGGUGCAUUUGAGAUCUGAGGAAGCCUCCAUUGUGCUGAUGUGCUCAUUUCUCAUACUCGGCUUAAACUGCUGCCUGAUGGCUUGACGGGUCAGUCGAGUCUUAUUUUUAAAUUCUUGUUUUUGACUUUAGUUUCCACAUAAAGCUGCUCUUUGAGGACAUCAGUCCUGGCUAAUGCCUGUUCGAGCAUCAUCUUCUUUGACAAAAAAAAAGACAAGCAGCCCCAAUGAAUAUUCUUUUCCUCUGUCGGCUAAAUAUUCCUCAUUGUCCUCUCAGCCAUCCUCUUUCCACCCAGAGGGGCUACUUCCAUCUGCCCAACCAGAAACUGACUUUCCAAACAACGCAACCUAAAGGAAAAUGUGUCUGGUGUUUGAGUGUUUUAAUUGAAUUUUAUUUCUCAUCAUUAAAUAUAACAAAAGAUGCCUAAUUAAAAAAAAAAAGAUAUAUAAAUAUAUAUCAUAUUUGUAUUGCUAUUUUUUUUUAUUGAGGAAAAAUAUGUUUUAACCAUUUCUGGUGGAUAAUUGUAAUUUAUUAUAAAACCAGUACUGUGGGAUUUUUAAGAAACUUUAAAAAUGCUAAGAACUGUUUACAGAUACAAUAAUGUGAUACCAAUGACGAGAAGAAUUUUAUAAUGUUUUUAUCAUGUAUAUUUUAAAAUGUGGGUGGGUGGCUCCUACCCUGUGCAUGCAUGCCGAUGGACUGCGUAGAGAUUUAUGGUAAAAUGUGUGGGUGGGUGAAUCAUUGGAUCCAUUUGAAUGAUCUUUCUUCUGAUGAGCAGUAAAUGCAUACUGGCCACUAAUGGUGGUAAGUUGUUUUUGAUUCUAUUACAUAAACGAUUGCCUGGGAAUUUUUAGUAGCUUGGUGAAAGCCUCAUCAGCUCUCACGGUUCCUAUUGUUGAACUGGGUCUGAACCCCCUGGAUGAAGUCCAGGAUCAGGCCCCCCAUGUUACAGCUUUACCAAAUUUGACUCAGUGGUUCUGGAGUUACGGCACACGGACAGAAGAUGGAUCAAAAGAAAUAAAGACUAAGCAUGUU